AUGUCCCAAGAGUCCCCGUCGUCCAAGGUAGGUCUGUCUUGCAAGGCGCAAGACGACCAUGCCGGCGACAAUGACUCUGUCCACUCGGGAGACGAUGGCGUGCACACACCCAACUCAACACCGCCGACCGAAUUACACGAGACUGCCUUGACUGCGAAGGGCUUGGGACAGAUAUGGCGUUGGAACUCGCCAGUCCCUCCGACGUUGACGACAUGUAUGCAUGAGCUGGUUACACAACAGGCCAGGAAGAAUCCAGGUCGCCCAGCUGUAGAAUCAUGGGACGGCAACUUCACCUACCACGAGGUCGAUGAAUACUCGAAUCGUCUCGCGGCGCGCCUGCAGGCGACCGGUGUCGGCAUUGGCGGCAACGUCCCAGUUCUUUUUGAAAAAUCAAGAUGGACCUGUAUUGCCGUAUUGGCUAUAAUGAAGGCAGGAGGUACAUUUGCCUUGAUGGAUCCGAGCCAACCGGAAGGACGAUUGCGCACCAUUGUUGAACAGACUGGCGCAAGGCAUAUCGUGACCUCGAAGACCCAGGAGCUCCUCGGUCGCAGAGCUGCCCCGAACGCCGCCCUAAUUGUCGUCGCGGAAGACUGCUUCGACUCAAAGGAUGGCUCACCUGAUGCCACGCAGUUUCCACCAGUACCCCCGGAGACCAAUCUUUAUAUCCAGUUCACUUCGGGUAGUACUGGUAGACCGAAGGGAUGUUUGGUCACCCAUGGAAACUAUACCAGCGGCGCAGUGCCACGCGCAGACCUCGUAGGGUAUAGGGAGCAUUCACGUGUUCUCGAUUUCGCGUCCUAUGCAUUCGACGUCUGCAUUGACUGCAUGCUGUGCACGCUUGCCAAUGGCGGUUGCCUCUGCAUCCCGACCGAAGCAGACCGGGUCAACGACCUUAGCGGUGCCAUACGAAAGAUGAAUGUCAACAUGGCGCACAUGACACCUUCGGUUGCCCGUGUCUUGGAACCUGAUAUCAUCCCCUCUUUGGAGGUUUUAGGGCUGGGUGGCGAAGCGAUAUCGAAUGGAGAUGCACUGAAAUGGAGCCAGACAACUCAAGUUGUGAACGCCUACGGGCCAUCGGAGUGCACUGUCGGCUGCACUAUCAACAACCAGGUUGGCCGAGACGGAAAGAAGCAGAUUACCAUCGGAAAGGGGUGUGGUGGAUCAAUCUGGAUCGUCGACCCGACCGAUCACAACCAUCUUGUACCACUGGGUGCUGUUGGGGAACUUCUCGUUGAGGGAGCCAUUGUUGGUCCUGGCUACCUCGGGGAUGCAGAGAAGACAUCGGCCGUCUUCAUCAACGAUCCCGAAUUUCUGGUGGCUGGAUGCAACGAGUACCCUGGACGCCGUGGUAGAUUAUACAAGACAGGCGAUUUGGUGAAAUACGACACGGACGGAUCCAUUAUCUUCGUCGGUCGUGGCGAUCAGCAAGUCAAGCUAAGAGGCCAGCGCAUCGAGCUGGCAGAGAUCGAGCAUCACAUGCGCGAUAAGUUACCCUCCGAGACCCGAGUUGCCGCUGAAGUCAUCAAACCUGGCAGCGCUUCUGGCGAACCAAUGCUCGUGGCGUUCGUAUCAGACAAGGCGGGACUCGUGUCAGGAGUGGACAGUCUUCUUGGAUCCUUUUCCCCCGAAGUUUUGGCCUGUCUCGCGGACAUGAACAAAAACCUGUCAGAGUACCUACCAAUAUACAUGCUGCCAGCGGCGUAUAUACCGUUGCAUACCAUGCCACUGCUGGUCUCGGCGAAAACGGACCGCAAGCAGCUACGCGAGAUAGGCACAUCGAUGAACAGAAGAGACAUCGCUGCUUUCGCAGCUGCAUUGGUGCAGAGGAGAGAACCGUCGAGCGAUGUGGAGUGUCGUCUGGCCGACGUAUGGGGUGAGGUACUGGGUCCAGAUGGCGAUUUCAGUGCAACUGAUAACUUCUUUUCUGUGGGCGGUGACUCUUUGAGGGCAAUGCGCUUAGUCGCUGCUGCUCGGCGCCGUGACAUUUCUUUGUCAGUGGCCGCCAUCUUUGCCAACCCGGUGCUCGAGGAUAUGGCUCUGAUGGCUCAGCCCACUUCUUCAGUAGCGGAUCUCGCCGUAGCUACUUUCUCCCUUCUCAACAAGACAUGGCCGGAAGACACAGCGAGAGAAGGUACAGCGGUACUCUGCGGCCUGAGUCCGGAUCUUGUCGAGGAUGUUUACCCAUGCACUCCGCUACAGGAAGCUUUGAUGGCCCUCUCAGCAAAGGUGACAGAGGCAUAUGUUGCCCAGAGAGUCGUGCAGAUGCGAGAUCUUGACACUGCAAAGAGACUUGCAGACGCUUUCCAAACUGCAGCCAAGGACUGCCCGAUCCUGCGAACAAGGAUUGUGCAAAUACCAGGACAAGGCUUGAUGCAAGUAGUGGUCAGGGAUGACUUUGCAUGUCCAAUUUUUGAAGGUUUAGGCUUGACCGAACUCCUGGCAAAGGAUAGGGAUGAUCCGGUGGAAUUGGGUAAGCCACUUGUGCGAUAUGCAAUUGUUACAGACGAAGCACAGACUGGCAAGACUCACUUUGUCCUUACCAUGCACCAUGCGCUGUACGACGGCUGGUCCAUGCCCCUGGUCGUCGAGCGAGUCAAUAGAGCUUACCAAGGGCUUUCGACUGAGCGACCGGCAAACUUUAAGAACUUCAUUAAAUACCUCUGUGAGAUGGACCGCGAAGAGUCGCAAAAGUACUGGAGAGAACGCUUGGAGGGUGCAGAUGGUGAACAGUUCCCGACAUUACCGUACCCUGGAUACCAGCAGCAGGCUGACUCUCUGCUCGAACACUACGUCUCGCUCGGGAGGCGGGCUGGUGGCACGACUAUAGCAACCGCAAUACGAGGCGCAUGGGCACUUCUUGUAGCGUCCUACAUGGCGUCGAAUGAUGUUGUGUUCGGAGAGACCUUGACUGGUCGCAACGCUCCGAUUCCCGGAGUUGAGCAGAUUGAAGGGCCGAUGAUUGCGACAAUCCCAGUGCGGGUGACCGUAAACACUGAAUUAACUGUUUCCGAGUACUUGCAGGAUGUCCACAAUCAGUCAGUGUUGGGAAUUCCCCACGAACAUUUCGGCCUGCAGCAUAUUCGUCGUCUCAGCCCCGAUGCGAGAGAAGCGUGCGAGCUCCGAACUGGCUUCGUAUUGCACCCUAGCACCGAAGAGGACGGGGCCGGGCCAUCAGAAGAUCAACCUGCGAACGGUUUCGUCCCAGCUGGCGAUGAAGAAGCAGCCCAAGAAGCCCUCAAGUUCAACACCUACGCGCUCAUGCUUGUGUGCUCGCUUGACCCCAAAGGGUUCCUGAUCAUGGCUAGUUUCGAUUCACAGACGGUGUCAAGCCCUCAGAUGCAGAAGAUGCUCUCGCAGCUUGGGCGGCUGACCCAACAGUUCUGUGAGAAUCCCAACCAGCGCCUGGCCGAGUUGAACUUGCUUGAUGCAACUGAAAUGGCCGAGUUGCAUCGACUGAGUCGGCUCAGUGCCGCCAGUGCUACUUGCCGCUCGUUGUUCUCGAGUGACGUCGAGGUGACAGAUGCCUGGAUCGUCGACCCAUCCGAUACUGAACGACUUUCUCCUGUUGGGGCCCUCGGCGAGCUUGUUGUGCACUGCCUGGGCAGCUCGACCUUCGAGACGAUCGAAUGCCCUAAGUGGUUGCCAGACACGCUCGUCGGAAAGGUGUAUCGAACGCGGAAGCUUGCCAGAUAUAGUCCGGUGGGGUCGAUCAUUCUAGUGGAUAAGUCAACCGAGAAGAAGGAACCGAAAGCCACGACGAAACGUUCUACCAAGAUUUCCGUGUCCUCGACCAAGCAGCAAGGACUACGUUGUGCGUGGAGCCGUAUCUUGGGCAUUCCCGAAGACGAGAUCGGCCUCGAUGAUAGCUUCUUCUUGCUGGGUGGCGACUCAAUCGGCGCAAUGAAGCUGGUGUCGGAAACCCGACUGGAAGGGUUCGAGCUCACCGUCAAAGAAAUAUUUAAGCAUCGAACGCUUUAUGAAAUGGCAAAUAUUCUCAAAGAGGCUCGAAGCGUGACGCAGGAAAAGGUUGAAGCGGCCCCAAAGCCGUUCUCCCUGAUGAAAUUCGAUGAUUUCCAUCAGUUCCUCGACAUCCAGCGGUCACUCGCUAGGCCCGAAUGGGUCAUCAAGGACAUCUACCCCACGAGACCACUCCAAGAAGUUGCAGUAUACGGGACUGUAAAAAUGCCACGGUACUCCGCACGAUAUGAGCUUUUCCACCUGGAUGGGGAGGUAGACCGCGAGCGUCUCCUGAAGAGUUGCCAGGAACUUGUUGCUAGCAAUGAGAUACUUCGCACGGUCUUUGUUGAGAGCAACGGGCGAUGUCUUGGUGUUGUUCUUGAUUCGCUGACCGUCACCAUUGAUGAGUACAACAUUGAGGGAGAUAUCAAAUCUUUCGCGCACAAGCUGUGCGGGAUGGAUGUCCACACCAAGAUGCCAUUGGGCUCGGCAUUCGUCAAAUUCAUGCUUGCCCGCGGGGAGUCGGGUAAGAGCUGUCUCAUCAUCAGAAUAUCGCACGCCCAGUAUGACGAAAUCUGCCUAGUUACGCUUCUCCGUCAACUCGGUGCUCUGUAUGAUGGACUGCCCACGAAGAAUAAUUCGCCUUUUUCGGCUUUCGUGUACCACACGGUAAACAGGAGCAUACCACAGAGCAUCCCGUAUUGGAGGGAGCUCCUGAAGGGCUCGGAAAUGUCUAUUCUUCGCUCCGAUCUGCCGCUGAGCUCCCGAAUACCGGGUGAUGUUACACGGACAGUCAGCAUUGCUGCCCGCCUAAGGGAUGUCACAGUCGCGACCCUCCCCACUGCAGCUUGGGCGAUUUGUCUCGCGCGACGGCUGAACCGGCGCGAUGUAGUUUUUGGCGAAGUGGUCAGCGGUCGAAACACUGACCUGCCCAACGUCGACUCUGUUAUGGGCCCGACUUGGCAAUACGUCCCCGUCCGCGUCAAGUUCGAGCAAGACUGGACUGGCCUCGAUCUGCUCAACUAUGUCCAGCACCAGCACAUCGCCAGUGCUCAACAUGAGGGUAUGGGCCUGCGUGAGAUCGUGCCGCAGUGCACUGACUGGCCCGCAACUGUCGACUGGUUCGACACCGUCGUCCACCAGGACGUGUAUCACGUCGAGGAGAUGAAGUUUGGCAAGGCGAGCUGUACGAUGGAAACAGUUUACCCGCAUUGGGAACCAUUGAGAGAGUGGAAGAUCCAGGCAUUUGUGAAGGGUGACGAGCUGAUGUUCGAGGUCGUCACGUUCGCCGACUGGCUACCUAUGGCCCGAGAGCUGCUGGACGAGCUUGAGGAGAUCAUGGACAUGCUGGUGCGCACACCGAAGAACCCUUUACCAUGGAAGUUGUAG